ACUAUUGUUUGCGCCUCUUCCCCUCCCCCCCCGCGCCCCAGAUAUGGCAAAGGUUCAGGUGAACAACGUCGUGGUGCUGGACAACCCGUCGCCCUUCUAUAACCCGUUCCAGUUCGAAAUCACCUUCGAGUGCAUCGAGGACCUGUCCGAAGAUUUGGAAUGGAAAAUUAUCUAUGUGGGAUCAGCAGAAAGUGAAGAAUAUGAUCAAGUGUUAGAUUCAGUUUUGGUGGGCCCUGUUCCUGCAGGAAGGCACAUGUUUGUAUUUCAGGCAGAUGCUCCUAAUCCUGGACUUAUUCCUGAUGCAGAUGCUGUAGGAGUAACAGUCGUGUUAAUCACCUGCACAUAUAGAGGUCAAGAAUUUAUUAGAGUUGGCUAUUAUGUAAACAAUGAAUAUACUGAAACAGAACUGAGAGAAAAUCCUCCAGUAAAGCCAGACUUUUCUAAGCUCCAAAGGAAUAUUUUGGCGUCUAACCCCAGGGUCACAAGAUUCCACAUUAAUUGGGAGGACAACACUGAAAAACUGACAGAUGCAGAGAGCAGCAACCCAAACCUCCAAUCACUCCUUUCUACAGACGCACUGCCUUCUGCUUCAAAAGGAUGGUCAACAUCAGAAAACUCAUUAAACGUUAUGUUAGAAUCUCAUAUGGACUGCAUGUGACUGGCUACCCUUCUGCGCUAUGUAUGUGUUAAGCUGUAGACACACACACACCUGUCACCAGAACUUACUUCCUUGGAAUUACAUAUUCAACAAAAUGUGGAAAGUUUUAAAACAAACUCCCAUUUCCUGUAGAAAGUUUAUAAGGAAAAAGUAUUUGAGUGGAUGUAUAAAUAAACCUAUUUUUAAGUAA